AUGUAAAGGAAGCUCAGCAGUCUGCCUUGGCCCACAUGGUGUGUCCUCCUCUCCUGCAGAAGGAGCAGUACCAGCCCCCCCAGGAGCCCUUUCUAGGCCAGACCGUGUACAGCCUGGACUUCCCUGCCAAGCAGCCCGAGGCGCUGGUGAUGCAGCGGCCCAAGAGCACGAUGCAGAGAGCUGGUGGAGCCGCUGCAAAGAUCAGCAGCACCACCACUGCCCGGGAGAGCUACCAGGGGCGCAGGGGGGCACCCCAGCUCCGAUUCGGGGAGCUGCCAGCCAUUGUAGGCUCCCUGCUCUACCCUGACCAGAAGGAGGAGAUGCGCACGACCACACAGAGAGAGUUCAUCCAGAAAGCUGGAGCCAAACCUGAGCUCAUCAGAGCUGUGCAAUGCAACCUCAAGAUUGAAGGGGAGAGGGACAUGAAGACCACCCACCAGACUGUGUUCCAGCCCCUGCCUCUGGAGAAAGCCCUGGCAGUGCCCAGACCCAGGCUGUCCGAGAGGGAGGCAGCGCUGAGGGGAGCUCACAUGGAGUCUGUCACCAAGUACCGCUCUGACUACCCUGCGCACCACUCCCUCCUCGAGAGGAGAGAGCUAGCCCUACCCCCCGCAGACAACCUGGCCAUCAACCACAGCCUGCGUGGCGAUUUCAAGACGGUGCAGAGGGAGACAUUCCCAGGCUGGGACACCUCAAAAUACAAAAGGCCAGACCCCGCCCACUUCAAAGAGGAGCUCUCUGAUAGGGAGAGGGAGGCUCACUUCCAAGGAGACACCGUCACCAAGCUUGCAUACCAGCCCAUUCCUCUGAACACACUUCAGCUGGAGCCCAUCAAGCGGCCAGCGACUGUGCUGAAGCCUCACAAUGCCAGGUUCGAGGACACCACGGCCAACAGGUUGUUCUUUCAGGACUGGGGGGUCCAGCCCAGGCUGCGCUACGGAGAUCCAUACGACGGGAGCUGCAUCCAGCCUCUGGGGAGGUUUGAAACAGAAACCACGAACAGGAGCACAUUCAACCAGAAGGAGGCAGAGAUGGUGACCAACUGUAAACCAGAGCACAAGCCCAUCGAGGCUGUGGGAGAGCACGACUUCACCACUGUGCACCAGGAGACCUACAGGCCUCCCAAGCUCCCAGUGUGUCGGCUCCAGGCAUACCUUUCACAGCAACAGCAGCUGAAGGAAAAUAUGCCAUCGCCCCCUGCUGUGCCCUCUUAAACGCACACCGAGGAACCAGUGCAUCCUGGAGGGGUACCAAUGAUGAACGGGACUUUAGUUUCUGAAAAAUGUUACUCGAUAGGUCGUUUGUUUAGUUUAAUUAUCCAUUUAUGACAAUAUUUUUUUUAAGUCCUACUAGUAUUUUAGAUCCUUAAAUUAAUUCUAAAAACU